AUGAACAACAUGAACAAUGAUCUGGCGAAGCAAAUGUCGCUGCUCACUGCUGCGGGACGACUACGUGCGACUUCUGCGAGCGGACAGCAACAACAAGCGAUGCGUAACGGAAUGGCUCCCCCCGUACCACCCAAUGUACCGGGCGACAAGCAACGCGCACAGUUUCUCGCCAUGCUUACUCAGGUCCUGGCGCAGCGCGGCAUUGCACUGCCUCCGUUUGUCAGCGGCCAGCCCAACCCCGCCUAUAGCCCCGACACCGGUCCACUCAAGAACGUCCAGCCUGCGUCCGACAACAGACUCGGUGCCCUGCGGCUGCCCGGGGCAGUCCCUGGACGCACCGGGGACAUCGACUUGUUCAAGCUCUGGAGUGCAGUCACGGGUGCGGGUGGCAUGCAGCGAAUCCAAGCUGGAGGCCAGUGGGAUGCUGUUGCGAAUCAUAUCGGAUUCCAGCAGUCGCCCCAAGUCCCAGGGCAGCUCCCUCAGCUCUACUUUCUUGUGCUCGCGCCACUCGAGGAGCAUAUGAAGCGUACUGCACAAGCAAAGCAAGCCCAGAUGCUCGCUCAACAGCAACAACAGCAACAGCAACAGAAUUUAACGCCCGCUCAGCUACACCAGCAACAACAACAGGGCAUGGGUGUCACUGGCAUGCAGAACCCCGGUAUGGUCAACCCUGCUCUCGGGGCCAUGCAAAACUCGGCUCUCGGAGGCAUGCAAAACUCCAUGCAGAACAACAUGGGCAACCCUGCGCUCGGGGCAAUGCAGAACCCUGCACUGGGCGCUGCUGGCCUGGGUGUGGCCAGUAUGGCAAACCCCGCAUUGAACGGGAUGCAAAACCCCGCCGCGGCGCUUGGAGGAAUGCAGAAUCCAGCGGCCGCACUAGGGGGCAUGCAAAAUCCCGCGGCGCUUGGGGGCAUGCAGAACCCUACGAUCGGAGGCGUCAUGCAGAACAACCUCGCUGGCGGGGUCAUGCAGAACAACUUGACUGGGCUCGGAGCGAUGCAGAUGACUCCGGCGCAAAUGCACCAGCAACAAAACAACACAGCCGCCACUUACGCCCGCUCAGAUGCACGCUAUGCAAAAUCCUGCUUCGAAUGGUCCAAAUCCGGCGGGAGCACGAUGCCCCCACCUGCGCCUGUCCCUGUCGAGUUGGGCGGGAAGAGGAAGAGCGAACCGGACGAGGACGAGAAAAGGGCCAAGCUUAAAGUCGGAGAUCCGGCACCUGCUGCUGCCACUCGUCGCACUAAAAUCGAAUAUGUUCCCCUACGGCUGGACGUUGAGACAUGGGUGGACGUGCUUUGGAUGGGAUGA